AACAGGGGUUUCAACAAGAAGUGGUACGGCGUCUCAACCCCUCUCCACCGAUCUCAUUUUUCAUCCAACACAACACACACCGUAAACGCAAAACCCUAAAUUCAAAAGACGUCCAUUUCCUUCUCCAAUUGAAAACGACACGCCCUUCUAGAAACUGCAUUUUCAUCUUCCGGAGUUCUCCUGAUGGUUGUUUUUGUGUCUGGAUGAACUUAGGGUUUCAUGUUAUUGCACCUAUCAAUUAAGUUUCGAAUCAAUUACUAGAGUCAGUGUUUCUUUCCGCAAUACUCGUCAAGUCGAACACCAUUGUUUGAGGAUCGCUCAAUAGGAGAAAUGUCCAGCAAAAAACCAUCAUCGCGCUAUGUUGUCUUUGAAAAUCGUUCCCUCGAUCAAUGGAAAGUAACCGAGCUGAAAGAAGAACUCAAGAAACGUAAACUAAUUACCAGAGGAUUGAAAGAUGAUCUGGUAAAGAGAUUGGAUGAAGCUAUUCGUGCUGAACUUGAAGAGGAUAACAAAAACCAUGAAAAUGGUGUCAAUGAUGAUGAACAGCCUGAAAUUCCAUCUGAUGACGCAGUAGCAGACCCAAUCGUUGCAGACAAAACCAUGGAUGACAACAUUGCCAAAAACGAGAGCAUAAAGGAAGACAAUGUUACAGAGAAGGUUGAUAAAAAUGAGAGCUUAGACCAAGAUCACAUCACUGAGAAGUUGGAUAAAGAUGAGAGCUUAGAUAAACAUAAGGUUACAGAGAAUUUGGACGAUGAAAACAGAGAUAAAGAUAAGGUUACAGAGAAUUUAGAAAUAGAUAUAGUUCAAAAGGUUUCUGUUGAAACAUCUGUUAUAGUAACUGAGGUUAUGGUAUCUCAAGAAUUGGGUCAGCAGGAGUUACAAAAUGAAGAGGUGUCAAACUUGCAGGAAUCAAACUCAAAGCCAUUGCCAAAGGAAGAAGAAGCCGAGCCAAAUUCAUCUGAAAUUGGAAGCCAGGUAGUCGAGGUCAGCCAAGUAAAAUCUGAUUCUAUUUCUAUUGUGUCAAUUACUGAAAAGAAUGAACUAAAGGAUAAUGUAAUUACUGAUGAUGUCAAACUAGAACUUGAUGUUAAGCCAUCAAUCCUUGAUGAUGGUGUCAAAACAGAUCCAGUUGUGGUUGAUGAGAAAGAUUUCAAGAUUGCUGAAACUGAAAGUAAGAAAAAUGAUAUUUUAGAUGUGGGUUCUCCAGAGAAGUUAAAUUUAGAUGAUGAUUCCAUGGAAGAAGAUGCUUUAGAAAGUAAGCAAAGUGAUUCCAACUUCAUUUCUCAAGAUAUAACUGAAAAAACACAAAUACCUCCUCUUGAUGUUAUGGUUGAAGAUACAAAUACUGAAAUUGCUGACGUGUCCACAAAAAGAAAACAAUAUGACCAAGAAGCAGUAGCAAACAAUGAGGUAGUAAAGAGGCAGCGCAGGUGGAAUUCCAAUAAUGCCCCUGAACAGAUUACUACACCUAAGGGUGGUUCAAUGAAGCACAGCUUUUCAAGAUCUGAUUCUUCAGUUAGUCAUGAAGAGCCAAAAGAACGUGUUGUUCCUCCAUCAUCAAAGCCUGCAACUACUUCUCUCAGAGUGGACCGUUUUCUGCGUCCGUUUACUUUAAAGGCUGUUCAAGAACUUCUUGGUAAAACUGGGACAGUUGUCAGCUUCUGGAUGGAUCAUAUUAAAACUCAUUGUUAUGUUACUUAUUCAUCUGUUGAAGAAGCUGUAGAGACUCGAAAUGCAGUAUACAACCUCCAAUGGCCAGCAAACGGAGGGCGGCUUCUCAUGGCAGAAUUUGUCGAUCCAUCCGAAGUCAAAACCCGAACCGACCCUCCUCCAUCACCAACUCCGGUCACCACCACCACAACCCCGCUUCCGCUUCCACCUCCACCGCCACUCUCCCUUCCACCACAAUCAAGAGAACCACCACAGCAUCAUCUACCUCCAGCACCACCACUCCUGGAAAAGCUCGAACCUCCGAUCAUGACAUUGGAUGAUUUGUUCAGAAAGACUCGAGCAACUCCCCGGAUUUACUACUUGCCAUUAUCCGAUGAGCAGGUCGCCGGAAAACUGAAAACUCAGGGGAAGGCUGUUGUUAAGCAGUAGGGAUUAGAGUAGGAAUGUGUAAAAGAUAAUGGUGAUGAAGUAUUAUCAUGUCAUUUGAUUUGGUAUGAUGGUGCUGAGUUGACUCAGAUUAGAUGUUGGGGAUUCUGUUCAUUUGUUUAAGACGAAAAUGCAUGGACUAAUAUUUGUGCUCUUUAUUAUUAUUAUUUUUUUCUGGAUAUGGAAAGAUUUUCAUGUUUAAUGUUAA